UUUUGAAGUCGGCGAUAACUGUAUAAACCCCGAGAGGUGGAGGUGGUGGUCGGACGUCACCGCAGCGAUUCAUCUCCCCUUACCUUCGGAAUCGGCGUCCUGCGACCGGAGGCGACGAUGGCGGGGUGUGGCGCAGAGUAUCUCCACCAGUUCGUGGAGGAGACGGACUGGUACAACGGGAUCGUGCUCGACGGGCUGUUGCCGGGCGUUGCCUGGAGGCGCCUCCCGCGGCCGCUCCAGUCGUGGCUGCGUAAUUACAUCGGCGCAACCACCCUCUACUUCGUCUCCGGUUUUUUGUGGUGCUUCUAUAUCUACUACUUGAAGCGCAACGUCUAUGUCCCGAAAGAUGCUAUACCUUCAAAUAAAGCCAUGAUUCUACAGAUAAUAGUUGCAAUGAAGGCAAUGCCUUGGUACUGUGUUCUCCCGACACUUUCAGAAUGCAUGGUUGAAAAUGGAUGGACGAGAUGUUUUUCUAGCAUAAGAGAAGUUAGUUGGCCGGCCUACACUGUUUACCUCAUCACGUAUCUGGUCAUUGUCGAGUUUGGUAUAUACUGGGCUCACAGAGAGUUGCAUGACAUAAAACCAUUAUACAAGUAUCUUCAUGCAACCCAUCAUGUCUACAAUAAGCAGAACACACUCUCUCCUUUUGCUGGGUUGGCGUUCCAUCCAUUGGACGGAAUACUGCAGGCCGUGCCGCAUGUGAUAGCUUUGUUCCUCGUCCCAACCCAUUUUAUGACUCACAUGCUUCUCCUGUUCUGCGAGGCGGUCUGGACUGCGAACAUCCAUGAUUGCAUUCAUGGCAAGAUCUGGCCAGUUAUGGGUGCAGGCUACCACACAAUCCACCACACUACAUACCGGCACAACUAUGGGCACUACACCGUAUGGAUGGAUUGGAUGUUCGGAACCCUCAGAGAUCCUGAGGAGGAACUCAAGAAAGCAGAAUGAUGCAGGGUUGGUGAUCCAACAACUAGUGUCCUGCUCUAGCU